GGCACCAUCCUCCGUCAUCACGCUCGGCAGCAGCUGCAUCAACUCUACUCGCAGAGUCUGGAAGAGCCUGGCGUCGCAUCUCUACUUGCGAGCGGACCUGCCAUCCCCGUCUGCAUGCUUGGUAGCAGCAGCACCACCAGUGUGCAGGCCGUCAAAGCACUUUGCAUUGUCGUCUCUCUACAACAGAUUGCCAAUCUCACCAACUGUAAUCUGCGGAGCCUGCAACUGAUCGACGAUAGCCGCUAGUGCUUGGUUAAGUGGUCACUGUUCCAAUUUCUUUCUCUUUCUUCAGAGCAGAUAAGCCAAUUGUGUGUAUGUGAAUUGCAGGUUACAGAGAACAACAUUGUGGAUAUGUUUAGUUCAGCAGGAUUUGUCUGAAUGUGUCAGUUCCGCAUAAGUCUAAUGAGGGUUAAGCUAGCUGACAUAUCUAAUUUUGGUACAACACUUUGGAAAUUAAUUAAGGACUUCAAUGUCACCGAUUUGAACAACAUUCAUUACCCAAACUGCAAGCUUGUACAUAGCAGCGGCAAGGCCACCAAAAUCAGCACUCUAUCCAUGACAUUUCUCUUUGAUUGUCCAUUGUGUGGCUGCUGCACUGCUACAGACUGCCCUAGAUGCAAUCUAGGGAAUUGAUGACAAAGUUAUCACAGUGGUUUUCCAUGAAGGGAGCACUGAGUUUACAGCCAUCAUGGCUGAUGUUGGGACUGCUAACAACAGUGUGCCUGUUCAGCUGCCAACAGAAGUAAGCCGGCUCUUGUCGUCCGUGUAUUUGGGGCUUCCCGAGAGGGAAAGCCAUAUGUAAUCCUGUCUGUAAAUAUAGAGUGAGUCCUUCCUUGUGUUUCUCUGUUGUUCUUUGGUCCAGUCGCAAGAGAUGAGUCGCUAUGCUAGAGGGGGUGAAUAGCCUAUUUAAAAAUUCUACAAACUCACUGGAGCAAGAGGUCAGUCAAUACCAAAGCAAAGCUUGCUUUUUGCUUUAGCUC